AUGGUGAACAUUCUCGAAGAGAGAGGCCUUCUGGAGUCCCUCACCAGCGAUUCUCUCAGGACCGCCUGUUCUGAUCCCAGCCUCUCUCCCCUUAGGGUGUAUUGUGGGUUCAACCCUACUACUGAGAGUCUCCAUUUGGGUAACCUCCUUGGUAUAAUAGUCCGUUCUUGGUUCCUUCGAUGUGGGCAUAGGGUUGUUUCUCAUGUAGGUGGUGCCAUAGGUCGCGUAGAAAAUCCCCCCAGCAAGAGCCUUGAGCGGCCCGAGCUUGACCUUCUCGCCUUGGGAUUUCGACUACUAUUAGCCAGAUUCUGGGUCGAAAUCACGGAGCUAACUCUCUUUCGAUCGACUCUUUUCUUCAGAUCGAUCAAGCAUCAAUUCGAGAAGAAAAAGGGUUGUGUCGCCGCUGAAUCUACUUCUGAAGAGGUGGUUUCUAACAAGAAAAUGCCAAAUAACAAGAAAAAAGGUGGAGACGCCACUGAAUUUAAACAAGUAGUUUCUUACAAAAAACCAGUGGAAAAUGAGAGAAAAGGUGAAAUUUCUGUGGAUUCUGCUUCAAUAGCAGGAGUUUCUCAUGAGAAGCCUCCCCGGGCUCUUGAGCCUGAAUCUCAGAUUGCAGGCAAAUGUCCGAUGCAGAAUUAUGCACCACGCAACAAAGCAGAAACCAUUUCAGAAGUUCAGGCCAUAAAAGGCAAUAAAAGGAAGAGAACAAAGGAAGGAGUGGAAGAAAGUAAUACUAAUAAAAAAGAAGAUACUAACGAUGCAAGUUCACAUCACGGGAAAAAGGAAAGGGGAAUUAUAAAUGAGAAGAAUGAAGACAGAAAAAGGGAAGAUGAGAAGUCCGGGAAAAAUCUGGGUGGACUGAUUUUUAUGUGCAAUACCAAAACCAAACCAGAUUGUUUCCGUUACCAUGUGAUGGGAAUCUCAGCAAGCCGGAAAGAGUUUGUUAUGGGCAUCAAGCCUGGUCUUAAGCUUUUCCUCUAUGAUUUUGAUCUCAAGCUCAUGUAUGGAAUCUACGAAGCAUCUUCUGCUGGUGGCAUGAAACUUGAACCGGCUGCAUAUGGAGGGGCCUUCCCUGCUCAGGUCCGCUUCACUGUUCACAGGGACUGCCUACCGCUACCUGAGAAUAUAUUUAAGAAAGCAAUCAAAGACAAUUAUGAUGAAAGGACACGCAAGUUCAAGACAGAGUUGACCACAUCCCAAGUAAAGCACCUGUCAAGCUUAUUCCAGCCAACCCCAAAGUUGCAUUCAAGUGGUAAAUCGUUGGUCCGGGGUUCGGAGCCCAUGCCCGCACCUGUGUCUGUUCUUGCACCAAACGUUUUGCCAACAGCAAUAUUGCACACUGGGGAGAAAUUCAAACAUCAUGGCAGUAGCAAACCAGGAGAAGAUAUUAUCCGGUUUGAUAAAGAGAAGAAAAUAUCUGAGCACCAUGUAAUUUCUUCUGAUGUUCCUUCACAGGGUCCACUUUUUCGCACAGAGCAAGAAUACAGAAAUUAUGGUCUUCGACAGGGAAGUGAUCUCUUGCCAACUGCUGUAGGUGGUAUCAUUGGCCAUGCACGGGAGCCUAGAAAUCUUGAACAAGAGAAGGAUCAGUUUCAAAGGAACCAUGCUCCUAUGAACAACAAUGUAACUUUACGACAGAGAGAAGUCAGUCGACCUGAUACCUUUUUUCUCAGUGAAAAAGAGUAUCGCACUUAUGGACUCAGAGGUCCCCAUGAAAUGCCGACUGAGGUGUCUCCUAUCAUAAGAACUAAUCAAGCUGUUGACGCGGCAUAUAAUCCUUAUGAUGAAAGCACCACAUCAUUGGUAAAUCGAUAUCUGUCACUCCCACCAAUGACAGCAACAGCAAGUGCCAGAUUACAUUCUCCCAUAAAUUAUCCGAACUCCACUAGUGGUGCUGCAGUUCAUCUAGGAAGAAUAAUUCCUGAUGGAGAAAGGUCGUGUUCAUCUUAUGCUCCUCAUGAACUAUUGGAAAACAAUCAAAGACCACAUCCAUCGCAUGCUUCCCAGGAACUAUCUGAAUACAAUCAGAGAUACCACCUCCUUGGUGGCAAGACCCAAUCCACACCCAAAACAGUCUCCGACCGCUAUUCAUUUGGAGAACCCUCUGUCUCAAGGCGCUGA